UUGAUGAAUACAAUGAAGAAAUUGAUAUUCAGUUUGAAAAAGUUCAAGUUGACACACAGACACAGUUGAAUCAAACUGAAGACGAUCUUAAUACAACAGAAGACAGUGCCAAAGUGAGAAGUCCACUUAUAGCUAAAGAAGAGUCAGAAGGCCAAGCCCAAACAUCAAACAGUGAUGGAUCAUCCACAAUGAACAAGUUUCCACGAAAUGAAAAGGGAUUGUGUUUUUCUAAGUUUCACUGUAUUGACAAAGAACGUGAACUAACUAUUAAUAAACAUGCAAAGUACUGGCAGCAAGUAUUCAAAAGGCUAGUGGCAAUAGUGCAGUUUCUUGCUGAGAGAAAUCUAGCGUUAAGAGGGACAGAAGAAAAAGUUGGUAAUGAGAGUGUACACAAUGGAAACUUUUUAGGUUUAGUGGAGCUGUUUGCAAAGUUUGACUCUGUUCUUGAAGAACAUUUACGUAAAGUCAAGGCCAACGAAAUUCAUAAUCACUAUUUAGGAAAAGAUACUCAGAAUGAACUACUAGACAUUAUGGCUACAGCUGUUUUGAAUGAGAUACUGAAUCGCGUAAAAGCAGCUAAGUACUAUGCCAUAAUUUUAGACUGCACACCUGACUUGAGCCACCAGGAGCAAAUGUCUCUAACGAUCAGGUAUGUUUCUGAUGGCAACUUGGCUCCUUCAGGUGUUUAUGAACAUUUCAUACAGUUUAUGCAGGUUGAAAGUAGCACAGGAGAAAAUUUAUAUAAAACAUUAUUAAACACACUAGAGGAAUUAAAAUUGGAUGUGAAAGACAUUCGAGGCCAAGGUUAUGACAACGGUAGCAAUAUGAAAGGUCACACAUCGGGAGUACAAGCACGGCUGUUGCAGGAUAAUCCAAGAGCCUUCUUUGUACCCUGCGCAUGUCACAAUUAUAACCUGUUACUAGGAGAUGUAGCCAAGUGCUGUCCAGAUGCUAUAACAUUUUUUGGGAUCUUGCAAAGGAUCUACAUAAUGUUCUCAGCAUCAACAAAGAGGUGGGCAUUUUUUAAGAAACAUGUACCUGGGUUAUCAGUGAAACCCUUGAGCGACACAAGGUGGGAGUGUCGGAUUGAUAGUGUUAAAGCUAUUCGUUAUCAGGUUGGAGAAGUAUAUGAUGCACUUGUGGAAACAUCAGAGAUAACAGAUGAGCCCAAGGUAAAAGCAGAGACAGAAGGUUUAGCAAACCAGCUAAAAGACUAUAAAUUUUUAGUUUCUUUGAUAUUUUGGCAUGAUUUACUUUUUAAAGUUAACUAUGUUAGCAAGGAACUACAAGGUAAAACAAAGGACAUUGAUGAAGGCAUGGAGUCAUUUGAAAAACUAUUAUCAUGGCUAAGAAAAUAUAGAGAGAGUGGUUUUAAUGAUGUCCUAAUAGGCGCAAAUGAUUUGGCUGAAGCUGUUGAAUUACCACUAGAAUUUAGGAAAUUUCAAGAUAAACGACUACAAAGAAGGAAGAGAAUGUUUUCAUAUGAGGCAAAAGAUCAAGCUUUUGAUGAUCCAAAAGAAGCAUAUAGAGUUCAGUGCUUUACCUUAGUGCUAGACAAAGCUAUUCAAUCUCUAGAAUCUAGAUUUAUGCAGCUUAAAAGCCAUAUAAAAUUAUUUGGAUUUUUAAAUAACUUUCAGGGCUUACAAAAGGCAGAAAUAAGGAAACACACAGUAGACCUUGAAGCAGCUUUAAUUGACACCAAACUAAAACAGAACACUGAUGUAGAGGUAGGUACUGUAACAAGUAAAGAUGUAGAUGGUUAUCUGUUGGCUGAAGAACUUGAAGCUCUGAAAACUUUUCUGCCCACAAGUGUCGCCAAGCCCCAAGCCCUGUUUGAAUACCUGGUAUAUAUCAAGUAA